UUCUGGACCAGGACCACUUCACAGGAAAACCGCUCUGUCUGACACCAGGAACCGAUCCAUCCAUCCAUCCCCGGUCAGCAGAAUCAUCCGGACUCCCGUUUACCCCCACCUUUAAAUUGAAUGUUUGGAUUGACCUUUUGUGUCGAACAAAGAUGAGCUCCUCCUCACGUCUCCUUCCUCUCAGCCUCCUCCUCCUCCUCCUCUCCAUCGCCGUGGAGACGAGGUCGUUACCUGAAGCAGACACACAGAUCUUACGCUCGCUGUUCGGCUCUCGCCUCGCCGCUCUCCUCCUGGCUCCGCCCCCCUCUGAUGACAUCACAGAAGGCUCGGCCAGACCGUCGGCUCCCGCCACCGGCUCCAGGGGUUUGGUCGUGGAUCAGGACGGCCGGCGGGAGGCGGCCCCCCAGCUCCUCUGGGACUUCCUGAGGCGCCAGGCCAAGGCCAGGAGGCGGAGCCCCAAGUCCAUGGUGGGAGGGGCCGGCUGCUUCGGUACCAAGAUGGACCGCAUCGGCUCCAUCAGCGGCCUGGGCUGUUGAGGGACGCGGCGUUGCCACUGUAGCAACCCAGCGACUCCUGGAUGACGUCACCAUAGGUGACCCCGAGCUGACCCUGCGUGACCUCUGACCUGCAGGAUCCCCUGAUCCAGCAGGGGGUUUCAUGCUGGACUUAGUAGUGAAGGACCCCCUCAGCUUCGUCGUGAGGAAGACUCUGGUAGUCCUACGAGUGACUGUGACCCCGGGCUGCCACGGCCCCAGACGCACGGCUGCCGCGCCCCCAGACGCACGGCUGCCACGCCCCCAGACGCACGGCUGCCACGCCCUCAGACGCACGGCUGCCGCGCCCCCAGACGCACGACUGCCGCGCCCCCAGACGCACGACUGCCGCGCCCCCAGACGCA